CCGGGCUGCAGUCGGGGCUGGCGGGCGGCCGGCCCGGUGCGGGAGCCGGGCAGUGGCGCGGAGGCGGCGGAGAAGGAGGAGGAGGCGGCGACAAAAGAGAAAGGCAGCCUGGAGGGAGGGAGCGCCGAGCUACAGACUAGCACAGCAAAUUCUCCACCGUCCUCUAGCACCCACGAAGCGGCGGCAGUGGCAGUUUCUAGAAAUAUAGAGCUAGAAAUAUAAAAUCACCCCGCUCUUGCACCAUGGCUUUCCAAAGUAGGCUCCCUUCUUGGAUUAUUUUGUGCUCCGUCUGGCUGUUCCACUUUGCACACACGGGGGAGGCACAGGCUGCAAAAGAAGUAAUAUUGCUGGACUCUAAAGCACAACAGACAGAGUUGGAAUGGAUUUCCUCUCCUCCCAAUGGGUGGGAAGAAAUCAGUGGACUGGAUGAAAACUACACUCCUAUACGAACAUACCAGGUAUGCCAGGUGAUGGAAUCAAACCAAAACAACUGGCUUCGGACUAACUGGAUUGCAAAAAGCAAUGCACAAAGGAUUUUUGUAGAACUGAAAUUCACUCUGAGGGAUUGUAACAGUCUUCCUGGAGUUCUGGGGACUUGUAAAGAAACUUUUAACUUGUAUUAUUAUGAAACAGACUACGACACUGGCAGGAAUAUCCGAGAAAACCAAUAUGUAAAAAUAGACACUAUUGCAGCAGAUGAAAGUUUUACCCAGGGUGAUCUUGGGGAGAGAAAAAUGAAACUUAACACAGAGGUGAGAGAAAUUGGACCUUUGUCCAAAAAAGGAUUCUAUCUUGCGUUUCAGGAUGUAGGGGCCUGCAUUGCUCUGGUCUCUGUCAAAGUCUACUACAAGAAGUGCUGGUCCAUCAUUGAGAACUUAGCUAUUUUUCCUGACACAGUGACUGGCUCAGAGUUUUCCUCUUUAGUAGAAGUGCGAGGAACUUGUGUCAGCAGUGCGGAGGAGGAGGCGGAGAACUCGCCGAAGAUGCACUGUAGCGCGGAGGGAGAAUGGUUAGUGCCUAUUGGAAAAUGUAUCUGCAAAGCAGGAUACCAGCAGAAAGGAGACACGUGUGAACCUUGUGGCCGUGGGUUCUACAAAUCCUCCUCACAAGACCUGCAGUGCUCCCGCUGCCCUACUCACAGCUUCUCUGACAAGGAAGGAUCCUCAAGAUGCGACUGUGAAGAUAGCUAUUAUAGAGCACCUUCUGAUCCACCAUAUGUCGCAUGCACAAGACCUCCAUCUGCACCACAGAACCUAAUUUUCAAUAUCAACCAGACUACCGUGAGUUUGGAGUGGAGUCCUCCUGCUGACAACGGGGGAAGAAGUGAUGUGACCUACCGCAUUUUGUGCAAGAGGUGCAGCUGGGAGCAGGGCGAGUGUGUUCCCUGUGGGAGUAACAUUGGAUAUAUGCCCCAGCAAACUGGAUUAGUAGAUAACUAUGUCACUGUCAUGGACCUGCUAGCUCAUGCUAACUACACAUUUGAAGUUGAAGCUGUGAAUGGGGUUUCUGACUUGAGUCGUUCCCAGAGGCUUUUUGCAGCUGUCAGUAUUACCACCGGCCAGGCAGCUCCCUCGCAAGUUAGUGGAGUAAUGAAAGAAAGAGUACUGCAGAGGAGCGUCGAGCUUUCCUGGCAGGAACCAGAACAUCCCAAUGGAGUCAUUACUGAAUAUGAAAUCAAGUAUUAUGAGAAAGAUCAAAGGGAGAGGACCUAUUCAACAGUGAAAACCAAAUCCACUUCAGCUUCUAUUAAUAACCUAAAGCCAGGAACAGUGUAUGUUUUCCAGAUUCGUGCAUUUACUGCUGCUGGUUAUGGAAAUUACAGCCCUAGACUGGAUGUUGCCACACUGGAAGAAGCCACAGCCACAGCUGUUUCCAGUGAACAGAAUCCUGUUAUUAUCAUAGCUGUGGUUGCUGUGGCAGGAACCAUCAUUCUGGUCUUCAUGGUGUUUGGUUUCAUCAUCGGACGAAGGCAUUGUGGCUACAGCAAAGCAGAUCAAGAAGGGGAUGAAGAACUUUACUUUCAUUUUAAAUUUCCAGGCACCAAAACCUACAUUGACCCUGAAACCUACGAGGACCCAAAUAGAGCUGUCCAUCAAUUCGCCAAGGAGCUAGAUGCCUCUUGUAUUAAAAUUGAGCGUGUGAUUGGCGCAGGAGAGUUUGGUGAAGUGUGCAGUGGGCGUCUAAAGCUUCCUGGCAAGAGAGAUGUUGCAGUAGCCAUAAAAACUCUGAAAGUUGGCUACACUGAAAAGCAAAGGAGAGAUUUCCUGUGUGAAGCAAGCAUCAUGGGACAGUUUGACCAUCCCAACGUUGUUCACUUAGAAGGGGUCGUUACCAGAGGGAAACCAGUCAUGAUUGUAAUAGAAUACAUGGAGAAUGGGGCCUUAGAUGCAUUUCUUAGGAAACAUGAUGGGCAAUUUACAGUCAUUCAACUAGUGGGAAUGUUGAGAGGAAUUGCUGCUGGAAUGAGAUAUUUGGCCGAUAUGGGAUAUGUACACAGGGAUCUUGCAGCACGCAAUAUUCUUGUCAACAGCAAUCUUGUUUGUAAAGUAUCAGACUUUGGCCUAUCCAGAGUUAUAGAAGAUGAUCCAGAGGCUGUCUACACUACAACUGGUGGAAAAAUUCCAGUGAGAUGGACAGCUCCAGAGGCCAUUCAGUACCGCAAAUUUACAUCAGCCAGUGAUGUGUGGAGUUAUGGAAUAGUUAUGUGGGAAGUAAUGUCUUAUGGAGAACGACCUUACUGGGACAUGUCAAAUCAAGAUGUUAUAAAAGCAAUCGAAGAAGGCUAUCGUUUGCCAGCACCCAUGGAUUGCCCAGCAGGACUGCACCAGCUGAUGCUAGAUUGUUGGCAGAAGGAACGUGGCGAAAGGCCAAAGUUUGAGCAGAUAGUUGGUAUUCUGGACAAAAUGAUUAGAAAUCCAAACAGCUUGAAAACCCCACUGGGAACCUGUAGCAGACCAAUUAGCCCUCUUCUGGACCAGAACACUCCCGAUUUUACCACUUUCUGCUCCGUAGGCGAAUGGUUACAAGCUAUUAAGAUGGAAAGAUAUAAGGAUAAUUUCACAGCAGCAGGCUACAACUCUCUUGAAUCAGUUGCCAGGAUGACUAUUGAAAUCAAAAACAUGCCAGGUGCUUUGCAAAACAGAGAACAAGAAAAAUCCCUUUCCAGAAGAGAUGACAGCCUGAAUAGAAAUGACAUAAUGGCAGGAGACAAAGGAAGCAGAAAGGGGAAGCAAAACAAGAGUUAUAACCAUAAGAUCAUGAGAUUGGUUUGGAGGCACAGUGAACGCUAUGAGGCAUUUUUUUAAAGCGCAUAAGGACUGUAGUUGGGAUUAGAGAAUGGAAAUGUAGAAAAGAAGCAUGGAAAGGAAUGGAGAAGAAGGGAGGAACAGACUGGCAACAGAAGGAAGAGUAAACAGAGGUGUAUGGGAGAGGCCAGAACACACACCUGACAAACUGAGGAUUAUGACUAAUGACAAGAAGGAAAGACCACAUCUGAAGAGCAUGAUGAUUUCAGGAGGAUGGUGAAGCAGGACAUGGCGAUGCUGCUAGGGAGAGAAGAGCCAGCAAAGCUGCCCUGGAAGCCUGCCCUGGAAGCUCCUCAUGCUAACAUAACCCUGCUUCCCCAUCUUCUUUCUAGCUCCCCUCUUAUACACAAAAUAUGUAUAUAGAAGAGCAAAGGAGAAGGAGAAGCAGCUAAAUAAAUCCUUUCCAAAGAUCCUGCUGGGGAAGAAGUUUAAGCUGGGAUGAUACAGAUUUGCUCCUACUCUUGCUGCUCGUGAUAGCAAGAGGCAGAGAGCAUUCAUUCUGUUAGCCAUUCUCGUGCAGACAAAUCAAUUUGAGUCUUUGCUUCUGCUUACUAAUAGGCCUUGUUGAGAAAUAGCAAAAUUAUAAUACUCCAGCCAGUCCAGGACAUUUUAAAAUGUCCUUUUAUUCUAGAACAGAAAGAAUAUAACAUUCACAGAGAAAUGGAAACAGGGAAGAAAAAUUCUUGAGCAGUUUGUUUUUAAAGCUGGAAAUAAUCAUUUCACUAUUACAGAAAAAUAUAAGGUGAAUUUUACUUAUUGUAAAAAAAGUACAUUUUAUAACUUUUCAUGAAAAUUUCUGAUAAAUCUGGGAAUUAUUUUAAUUAUGGAGGACUGGUUGUUCUGUUUUCUUUUUUUUUUCUAGAAAAUUGGUGUUUCUAGAAGGGAACUGGGAAAUUGCCAUGUUCAGUCUGUCAGACAUUUUAAAAUACUCUGAUUUCCAAGAUAAGAAUUCUUCAGGAGGAAGAAAGCUGCUAUGUGGCCAGUCUAAUCCCUUCCUCACUUCCUUCUCCUCUGCUUUGGUGAUCAGACAUGUCUAAUUAUUGGUCUGCAAAGAGCAAAACCAGUCUCUAUGUCUCCCUGAGAAAAGGCAUUUUGCCAACUAUUUGAAAAAUUUUUAACUGGAUCUGCUUACAGGAAGUCACUUUUUUGCUGCAGAUUAUUUCUCCACUUAAAUCGUCCUCAAACCUCUUCCAUUUUGCCUGGAAAAGUUUAACAGAAAGCGCACUGGAAAGGCUCAGAUCUUUCUGUCUCCAGUGAAACUGUUUUGGAACACAGUUAUAGCUUAGCCGAUGUACUGGUAUGACAGUUGAGAGACUACUGCUGUUAAUGGAGUACUCUAUUACCUUGGCAUAUAUAGACACUUUUCACUUGAUACUUCUGGCUGCAAAGUAUUGAUGUUUAGGGUAUUAUAGGUACUUGUGCGUUAUAUUUUUUCUUAUAAGUUUUAGAGGACAGUACUGGAUAAAUUUUUCCUCUCCUUCAGGGUAACACAGCUUUGCAUGAGUCAUUCAUCAUGAGUGUACACCAGAGUGAUAUGAAGUUGGUUGUUGUGACACCUUAUCAAUAUUACUCCCAUUUUUAGUCUCUUUAGCAGUGGAAUGAUAUAAGUAUUGCCUAGUAGAGACAAUGGCCUCAUUUAAGAAUAUCUUGAUGACUCUGGAUAGGAUUCAAAUAAUUUGUCUGAGUGCAGAGGAGACAAGUGUAAGUCAUAACUGAAAUAUUACCAAAAAUCCUUAACUGGUUGGGUUGUCCAUCAUUUGCUUGAAGAUUUUGGUAAAUGGUGGUUUACUGGAUUCCCAAAUGGCAGCAAUGGUCAAGCACUUUUUUAAAAUUUUUUUUUCAAUUUGAACUUUGUUUAAGUUAAUUAAACUCUUCUCAUCUCAGGGUACCAUUUUAGCAUUUAGUAGAGGUUUACAAGACCUUCUCUGUCAGUGUAGAAACCUCAGCUAGUAAAGAACAUACCAGGUAUAGAGUCAACACAAUCUCAGUAGAGCUUCAAGAAUCAGUCCCACCUCAGUAAUUUCUCUCCACUGUUAUUGAAAUAAUACUGGAUUUAAAUCAUAUAGCCAUGAUGUCAACUUACCAAAAUCUACUCUGUCUAGAUUAUUUUUCAAUCAAAUGUAGCUCAAAGUUUUAUAGCAACCGACAUAUCAUUAAAAAAAUGAGAUUGCAAAGUAGUGUCAUAGUAUCUCCCCAUAAUACAGAAUUUUUUUAUAUAUAAUUUUUACAUAUUUGAAAGAACACCAUUAACUCAGUUGCAUACACCUUUUUGCAAUAAUAGACUCAGCAUAAAGCAAUAUCAAAACACAGUUAAUGUUUCUACUAAUUUUAUUUAGCCAAGCUACAGAUUUUGCAUAAUUUUGCCACUGUUUCUGGUAUGAUGGCAGAUCUGGAGGUUAUGUAUACCUGUCUUUUGGCUCUGAGAGAGGAUUCAGCUGUGUGGCACCUUCCCACCCUCUGCUACCAAAAAAAAAAAAAAAAUUCAAUUAAGAAAUGUGGCAUAACCUCUGAAAACUGCAGUCUGACCUACCUUCUGAGUUCAGACACUGAACUGGAUGCAUGAUUUGGGAAGGGAUUUAAUACCAGCUACCUCAGUAGCCUCAUGGUAUUACAGGGAAAAGGUUGAAAAAGAGAAAAAGAGAGUAUUAUAAUGUAUCCUGAGAAUAGAGGGCAGCAUGGUUAUUUUGUCUAUAUUUUUUCUUUUAACCUUGGCUAUACUUUUCCUCCCAAUCCUUCCCUAUUGUUGUCUGUCAGCUUUUUUCAAGAAGACACUUGGUUGUGUGUAGCUACAUCGACUCAAGCCCACAUAACCCUAUGUAUCUGGCAGGUGUUUGACUUGGUAAGGGUACAGUUCUGUUGGACUGUAAGACCUCCACUGUCCCCUGCAGAUUAGGGACACUUCAGCUGUUGAAUUCCAGACAUCUUCAGGGCUCUAUAUCCAAUACGUACAGUUCAAAUGCUUCCUAAAUCAGGGGAGUGCGCUAUGAUGAAUAGUUUGAAUUUGUCCUAUAUCCUGUGAAUUUACUUACUUCUGUCAGUCUUUCUGUCUCUGUCUUGCCCUUCUUUCUCCUGAAAUAGAGUGGCCAGGGCUGCAUGAAUUAUUCAACAUAAGAGUGUAUAAUGUAUUUAUACAGUGAUAUAGCGAUACAGUGUAUUUAUAUAUAUGUUUUCUAUUUUGUUUACAGUUUCUUUCCUAAUCAUCCAGAUAUCCUGUUUCGCAUUUUUACUUGACACUGAGUACUUGACUUGAUGUUUUCAGAGAGAUGUCUAAUAUAAUUCCUUAUUUUUUUCUUCUCAAGCAAUAGUUAAUUUGUAGUCUCUGCCUGUGUAUGUAUAGUUAGACUUAUUUUCCCCUUGUUCAGUUCUUUCUAUUUUAUCAAAUUUCAUCACCCUUUCAUUGCUGAGAGCACUCAAAAUUGUGAAAUCAUUUUCCAGUUCUUUACAGGCAGCUUCUGAUUUAACUUUUAAAACCAUUUUGUAUCAAUUUCACAUCUGAGAGUUCUUAGAUAUCACAUUUCCCUUUACUACUAAUAAAAGUACUUUUACUUAAAUCAUUUGUUUAAUUUCAUGCCUCAGUCCAGGAAUCUUUGCGUGCUCUUAAGUGCCCAGUGGCUGAAAUUUAUUUCUGUGUUUUUCAGGAUGGGGGAGGAAGGACUCCAAGCUAUUGUCAUUUAUGUUUUAUUAAUUAGUGACCUUUAAAGUAGACUUUAGACCUUCUUAUUGCCUCCUGGUUCUGACAGAGUGGUUAUACAACCUCCAGAGUGAAAAAUUGCUAGGGGCUAGAUCCAUAAAGUGCAUCCAUCUAGGAAUGCCUUUAGCCUCUUAGACGUCCUGCCUCCUUGCAAAAGCUAUAAACACAGACUAGUCACGUCCCUCUAAACUGAGGGACAUGAAAAAAGAGAAAACCUGAGUGUUUAGCAACAACCUCCACUAGCUCUGGCAUGUUGAGCAGAGAACAGUCUGAGUGAACAGAAGAAACAGCCAGAUGGUGGAAAUUAAAGGAAUGAAUAGUGCACUGAUAUUGAUAUAUUUUUCAACACUGCUUAAUUCAUGGGACUGUAAGGUUCUGUGAAAUGGGAAUUCCAUCAUCUCUCCUGCAGUAGUUGUUCCUCUUGUUUAUCUCACUGUCUCCUGCAGUGCGCUCUAGCGCACCAGGUGUAGCAUUAAACUACACCUCUGAGGUCACAAUCCCUCUCUUUCUCUCUAUCCCAGUAAAUGCUGAAUUUUCAGGGUUAGACAACAACUGAGUGAACUUCAGGGAACUACCCCAUCAGCUUGAGCACUCAAAGCUGCAUUUAGCCACUCCUGUUUUAGUGCAGAUCUAAGCUGGGGUCUGUGUUACAAUACUUGUGAAAGCAGUGACAAGUAUUUGAACCCUGACUUUUCAAAUCUGUUAAACUUGCUUGUGUAAAAAGGAAUCACUCUAUAUAUCCCAUAUCUUCACCCAAAUGGCAUUCUAAUAAUUCUACAAAACCCGUUCUCUGUCUACACAUGUACUAUGCCAUGACCUCAUGUGAACACUGAGAGUAUGUAGACAGGUGAGUAAACCCUAUGAAUUAUAAAUAUUCAUAAGACACCAGAAAUCGUAUUUAGUGGGGAAAAGGAGUGGACGGCAUAAGUGAACAAUGACUGACACUUGGUUUUUCUCAAACUGAGUUGUAUCCUGAAUAUUUGAGAGAAGGAAUUAAGAGUGCAUUUAUUUAUUUCUGUUUUAGAAACACCUCCACUUGCAUAUAUUAAAAAAAAUCAAAACAAAACAAAACAACAACAACAAAAAAACGCAUCACAAAUAUGUAGUACUGACUUUAUUUCCCUGUAGUUAUGAAAGUAAUUCCAUCAAAAGCUAUAGCUAUACUUAUCUGGCCAGUGACAAAAGUGAACUAACUGUCACAGGAGGUUUCCCCUGAGCCUCCUUUUCUCCAGACUAAACAAUUCCAGCUCCCUCAGCUGCUCCUCAUAAUAAUUGUUCUCUAGACUCUUAACCAGCUUUGCUGCCUUUCUCUGGACCCACUUCAGCUCCUCAAUGUCCUUCAUGUUGUAAGGGAGCCAGAACUGAACACAAUACUCGAGUUGCAGCGUCUCCAGUGCUGAGUACAGGGGUACAAUCACUGCCCUCAUCCUUCUGAUCACAAUAAUUUUGAUAAAAGUGGAGAUGCCAUUGGCUUUCUUGGCCAUCUGGGCACACUGUUUGUUCAUGUUCAGCUGGCUGUCAACCAGCACCCCCAGAUCCUUUUCCUCUGGGCUGCUUUCAAGCUGCCCCUGUCCUGUAGCACUAUAUGGGGUUGUUGUGACCCAAGUGCAGGAGCUGUCACUUCACCAUGUUGAACUUCAUCCAGUUGGGCUUAACCAAUUGAUCCAGCCUGUCCAGAUCCCUCUAUGGAGCCUUCCUGUUCUCCAGCAGAUCAACGCUCCUGCCCAACUUUAUGUCAUCUGUAAAGUGACAGAGGUUACACUUGAUUUCCUCAUCCAGAUCAUUAAUAAAGAUUAAAUAGAACAGGUCCCAACACUGUACUCUGGGGAACACCACUAGCGACUGGCUGCCAAUGGAAUUUAACUCCAUUCAUCACCACUUUCUGGGUCCAGCCAUCCGGAUAUUUUUUACCCUGCAAACACCUGUCUACACCAUGAGCAGCUAGUUUCUCACAGAAAAUGUUGUAGUUAAUUUUGUCAAAGGCUUUAGUAAAGUCAAAAUAGGCACUAUCCACAGCCUUUCCCUCCUCUACUAAGUAGGUCACCUUGUCAUAAAAAGAAAUCAGGUUGGUCAAGCAGGACCUGCCUUUCACAAACCUGUGCUGGCUGAGCCUGAUCUCCUGGUUGUCUUGCAUGUGCAGAGUUAUGGCACUGAAGACGAUCUGAUCCAUGACCUUUCCCAGCAAUAAGGUCAGGCUGAUGGGUCUGGAGUGCCCCAGUCCUUCUUUUGACCCUUCUUGUAGCUGGGCGUCACAUUUGUUAAUCUCCAGUCAUUUGAGACUUCCCUGGUGAGCCAGCACUGUUGAAAAAUGAUGAAAAGCAGCUCAGUAAGCUCUUCUGCCGGCUCCCUCAGUACACUCAGGUGGAUCCUAUCUAGACCCCAUGGGCUUGUGUGCACCUAAAUUGUGUAGAAGGUCACUGAAAAUUUUGCCUUGGAUUAUGGGGGCUUCAUUCUGCUCCCAUACAUGUCUUUCAGUUCAGAGGGCUGGGUACCAAGAGAACAACUGGUCUUACUAUUAAAGACUGAGGCAAAGAAGGUAUUAUCAUUAUUUUUUUAAUGUUUUAAUAGUUAUUAUAGUUGUAAUUAUUACUAUUAUUAAGACUGAGGGAUUACCUCAGACCCGUACUCAUCCUUUGUCACUGUACUCCACCCCACAUUCAAUAAAGGAUAGAAAUUAUCCUUAGCCCCCUUUUUGUAGCUAAUGUAUUUAUAGAAAGUAUUUUAUAUUAUCUUUUUAUGGCAGUAGAUGGAUUAGGUUUUAGUUGGGCUUCAGCCCUUCAAAUUUUCCUCCUGCAUAACCUCAUGACAUCCUUGUAGUCCUCCUGAGUGGCCUGCCUCUUCUUCUAAAGAUCAUAAACUCUCUGUUUCUGUUAUCUAACCUAACCUGCCCCUGACAUAGCUUCAGGCCAUUCCCUCAGAUUCUGUCACUGGUCACCACAGAGAAGAGAUCAGUGCCUGUCCCUCCUCUUCCUCUCACGAGGAAGUUGUAGACUGCAAUGAGGUCUCCCCUCAACCUCCUCUUCCAAAGGCUGAACAGACAAGUAACCGCAGCCACUCCUCAUAUGGCUUCCCCUCAAAGCCCUUCACUACCUUUGUUGUCCUCCUUUGGACACUUUCUAAUUAAGCUUAAUAUCUUUCUUAUAUUGUGGUGACCAAAACUGCACACAAUAUUCAAGCCGAGGCUGCCCCAGUGAAGAGCAGAGUGGGACAAUCCCCUCACUCAACCAGCUGGUGAUGCUUUGCCUGAUGCCCCCCAGGACAUGGCUGGCCCUCCUGGCUGCCAGGGCACUGCUGACUCAUAUUCAACUUGCCAUCGGGCAGGACCCCCAGAUCCCUCUCCAUGGCACUGCUUUCCAGCACCUCAUUCCCCCAUCUGUAUGUACAUUCAGGGUUGCCCCAUCCCACGUGCAGAAUCCGGCACUUUCCCUUGUUGGAGUUCAUGUGGUUGGUGAUUGCCCAGUCCCCUAAUUUGUCGAGGUCUCCCUACAGGGUCUCCCUGCCUUUGCGGGAGUCAACAGCUGCACCCAGUUUUGUGUCCUCUGCAAACUUGCUUGGUAUCCCUUCGAGUCCUGCAUUCAAGUCAUUUAUGAAGAUGUUGAAGAGCACAGGGCCUAAGAUGGAACCCUGUGGAAUCCCACUAGCAACAGGUCACCAGUCUGAUGUUGCCCCAUUCACUACUACCCCCUGUGCCUGACCCAUGAGCCAAUUGCUCACCCACCACAUGAUGUGUUUAUCCAUCUGUGGGCUGGACAUUUUUGAACAGAAGGAUCCUGUGAGAGACGGUAUUGAAAGCUUUACUAAAAUCCAAAAAAUUACAUCAACUGGCUUCCCCUGAUGAACUAGAUGGGUUACCUCAUCAUAAAAGAAAAUCAGAUUGGAUAAGCAGACCUUCCUCUCAUGAAGCCGUACGGAUUGGGACCAAUGACAGCAUUGUCUUUCAAGUGUUUUUCAGUACAUCCCAGAAUAAUCUUCUCUGUAACUUUACCAGGCACUGAAGAGAGACUGACAGGCCUGUAGUUUCCAGGGCCCUCCUUCUUGCCCUUCUUGAAAAUCGGGGCAAUAUUUGCCAGCUUCCCAUCAGCUGAGACCUCUCCAGAUUCCCAAGACCACUCAAAAAUCAUUGAGAGAGGCUUUUCAAUGACAUCAGCCAGCUCUUUGAGGAUUCUUGGAUAAAUCCCAUCGGGCCCCAUAGAUUUGUAGGGAUCCAGCUCAAACAGCAGAUCCUGCAUAAUUUCAGGGUCGACUGGGAGUUAAUCAUUCUCAUGGUCGCAGUCCUCCAGCUCAGGGCACUGAGAUCCCCUUGGUCCAUCAUCCGUGCUGAAGACUGAGGCAAAGAAAACAUUAAACACCUCUGCCUUGUCUCUGUCCCUGUUUGUGAGAUGACCAUUGUCAUCCUGUAAGACAUUGAUGAUAUUUCUAUGCUGCCUAUUGCCAUUAAUAUUUUUGAAAAAACUUUUUUUAUUGUCCCCCACAUUUCUGACAGCUUCAACUCCAGUUGAGCUUUGGUCGCACAGAUUUUUCCCCUAGAGUGGCAAGCACUAUUUCUGUAUUCUUUCCGUGUUACUUGACCUUGCUUCCACUGGGCACGCACCUUCCUUUUUUGCAUUAAUUCCAAAGAAAAUAUUCCUGUUCAGCCAAACUGCCUGCUUGACUUCUGACAUUUGGGAAUUGCCUGCUCCUGUGCCCAUGACCCCACUCCUUAUUUCUCCAAGAACUGAAAAGUCCGUCAUUUCAUGAUUGCUGUGCCCAAGACGGCCUCCAACCAUCACACUACCCCUCAAGUUCUGCUCUUUUUGCAAACAACAGGUCCAGUGGGGCAUUCCUUAGUUGGAUCCCUCAGAAGCUACAUUUAGGAAAGUACUCCAGGAACCUCCUGGACUGUCUCCUCUGUUGUGUUAUAUUUCCAGUAGUUAUCUGGUAAAUUGAAGUCCCUCAUGAGAACUACAACCAGCAAAUAUGAGAGUUCUCCCAGCUACUUCUAGAAUAUUUUGUCCACCUCUUCAUCCUGGUUGUGUGGUCUCUAACAGAUUCCCACCAUGACAUCUUCCUUAUUGACCUUUCCUCUGACUCUUACUCAUUAACACUCAAGCCUAUCAUCACCAUCAUUAAACUCCAGACAAUCAAAACACUCCCUAAAAUACAGGACUAGCCCCGAUUGGUUAUCCCUUCUGAAGAGAUUGUUGCUAACCAUUGCAGAAGUCAUGUGGGUCAUCCAACCAUGUUUCUGUUAUAGCAAUUAUGCCAUAGUUUCCCUGCUGCACCAUGGCCUCCAGCUCUUCCCCUUUGUUGCUCUUGCUGCAUGCAUUGGUGUAGAUGAAUAGGCAGGGAAUUCUCUCGGAAUUAAUAUUACAAAUGAAUUUUUUUAACCAGUGGACAGCAACUGUAAUCAAAGCUAAAGUAUCAAGGAAAACAAAUUGGUAUGGUCAGUUUGGAAGCAGGUUUUCUAAUAAAUGCAAGGAGUUGGUUAUAUGCUUCAUUAAAUAUUUCAGCUAAGUAAGUGAAACUUAAGAGAAGAUGCACUGUUGUCAACCAAAAUUAAUACUAAUUUGGACAAGAAUAUCUCAAACCCUACUGUGGUAGGUAUUGAUAACUGGAGCCAGCAGAAAUUUCUUUAGGCAGUUCAAGACCUACAAUUUUCUUAUUAUAUUUAUAUUUAUACAAAUUUUCAAGAAUUUGCCAAUUAAUAUGUAACAAUAUGUUGAACACAUUCUUUCUGAAAACUUCAUACUUUAGUGUUUUCUAAUGUCUGUUGAAAACAUGGUUUAAAUCAUAACUUCAACUUCUGACUUAUAGAAACAAUAGGCAAGGCUCAUUGAAAAAGAAGUGCAGACUUUUGUAGAUGAAACAAAUUAGGCUUAAAGCUAGUGCAACAUAUUAAUAUUGUGUAUCUCUGCCAAAUAAAAAAGUAGAAAUUUUCACAUUAGUCCAUUCAGAAUUGCAUUUUAUCUGUACAGUUAUCAGAAAUGGUAUAUUCAUUUUGAUGACUGAAUAGAAAAUGAAGGAUUUGGAUAUUUGUGUCAUCACAUUCUAAUUAUCACCAAAGCUGUGCAUAAUUCCUUAUGCAGAACUAGACAAAAUUAUUGGAUAAAACAUAAAAAGGUCUUGCUCUAAGUUUACCAGAAAUUUUCUCUAUCUACCCAUGAGUGCACAUGGAUAUUCAAACACACAUGCACAAAUAGAUGUGGAGAGUCCUGUCAAAAGGUCUUUGUUUCUCUACUCCGGAACUAGAGACAUAUAAGAAUUAAACAACUUUUUGAGGAAGGCUUCGCCUUUGUGUGAUAUCUGAAUCAAAAUUUCACAGAAACCCUUAUGUGUAUAAAGACAUAAUUUUCUGAAAUCCAACAAAAACAAGCACUGAGAGAUGUAAUCUGCAUUCUUGCUUGCCUGUGUGUCCAUCUUUUGCUUUCAUUUUGAUAAUAUCUUUAUUUUCCACCUCCUCACUUCCAUGCUUUUGGACAAGGUUAACAGAACUGCUGAAUAACUGCAUUCCCACAAGGGACCUAAGAAAUAACCUCAAAAUUUUACAAUGUGUAAUUUAAAAUAAUUAAAUAAUCCUUCUGUCACCCUUGAAAAUAGGAGGCACUAGUUUCUCCACUUUCUGCCCUCAUACACAUUUUAUACUGAAGUAUACCCCCAGGAAAAACUAGUGCAAAAGUUCCGAAACCCUCAUUUUUUAUUUUUUUUUUUUUAUCAUGAUUACCAGGGAAAAUGAAGUUGGUGGGAUGAAUGUAACCAGGAUUAAAAAUAUCGGGUGCCAUUAAAUGACUUUAAAUGUAAUGAAAUCUCAAGGUCAGUUUAAUUUCUUGUGUCUCCUUAUCUCUCUGACACAUAGUACUGUAUCUCAGUAGCUGCCACCAACAGCUACCAUCAGAACACUUGGCUAAUUAGUAAUCAGUCAUGUCACUUGGUGUGAUCUCAUCCUGUCUGACUAUUGAACCUGAGUGCAACAACAAAAAAGGAAAUUGAAAACUUUUAGCAACUAUGCGUUUAGUCCAUGUAUUUUCGGCAGUUCAAGCUUUAAUGCCUACACUCGUAGGCAUGUUUGAAUUUGAUGGUUUUGGUAGUUAUUCAUUUAGUAAUAAAAAAGCAUGACAUUUAGCUACCAACAAAAUAACCCCAUCAAAUGCUAAAAGAUAAGAUUUCUUAGCAAUUCAACAGCAUUACGAUAGGGGAAAAGCUUUUAAAUAAAAUUCCUACUCAUAUAUCCCUUCUCAUCAGUACCAUUUCAGCAUGUGGAGUACCCAUUAUAGCUGAAUGAAACCAGAGAACAUCUCAUUGCUGGGACGUGAUCCAGAAAAGAGCUUAAGUACACACAGACUGUAAAGACAAGAAUAUCCCAUCAAAGUUACUAUAUGAUGACCCACAUGAUUAAAAUUACACAGAAAUGUAGAUGCUUUUCUGGAUUAGAGUCUAAGGCAUGAGGCAUUUAAGAUCAGCCUUUCAUGUAGUAAAAAUAUUUACAAAUCUUUUUAAGAGAUGACAUAUAAAUAAAAAUUACUAUCUUGCCUUUGACUGCUAGACUCAGGACAACUUCAUAUGUGAAAAUCCUGCACAUUAGAUGAUCACUUUAUUCCCAAACUAAGCAGCUGUUUGAAGUGGCAGUCCUAAAGUGCUAAUCUCUGCUACCAAUAAACAAAAGUAAAUCAUGGCAGAAAACUCGUUUAUGUGCAGUAAUCUCCAGAGGAUUAGCAUUUCAAGGGAUCAGAUUUCCUAAAACUCCUCUUUCCUGAUAACAGCCUCUGCUGUGAGGUGACACACCAAUAGGCAUAAAUUAUCUAGAGCUGCAGAUAAGCAGAGGCCAUUUGGGAGUUCGAAGUGCAAUAUAAAUAGAUGCAAAACAGUAGGGAACUGGUGCUCAUCACAAACCUCAGAAGGAUUAGCAGUUCAAGCUCUGAUUUCCUUGCUGUUGUUAGCUGUGAUUUAUCAUCAGACAGUGACUGAGAGUCUGUCUUAUCUGUGAUAAUUUAAUGGCUUAAUGGCAGUCCCUUUAUCUGGGGGUCAUAAUUAAGCUUGUUUGAUCAGUUUCCUAACAAGCACCUCGCCUGCAUUUUUAGCUAUGCCUAUUUGUUCUCUGUGUGUAGCAGCAUUUUUGUUAAUUAGUAUUAACAAUAUUAUUGUUAACAAUUACUGGUAAUGAUAACAAUCUCUUAAAAGGAUAGCAUUUAUCUGGAGGAAAAACACAAGUCAAAAAAGAUGCAAGACUUUUAAUUUAAAUACAUUUAUAGGAGAUAUUAACUGCAGUCUCAGCAUCUUUUUGGCUUGUUGGAUUCAAAACUAAUUCAUAUACAUAACUGAAUAAAAUAAUUUUAAGUUGAAUCAUUUUUCUCUGGUACAAAAUUAACAUUAAUUUGAAAGCUGACUCCUAUCUUACAGUGUAUUUACUGUCUCUCUCUAUCAGCCUACUAAUUAGCUAUUUCUUUCACUCUCAUGGGAACUUUUUCAACAAAAGGUGAAUUUUAAGACCUUAUUAUGACUGUUUAAAAACACAGUCAUAAAAAUUGUCAUCAAAAUGACACUUUAGCUGUUAAAAUCACUACGAAAAGAAGCAACUAAUUAUUUCUUAAAUGUACAGAAUAAUAAAUAUUUGAAAGGAAAUCUAAUAUUUUAUUUUUUAAUAUAAUGCAGUGACAAAAAACCAACUGCAUUAAAUGUGGGUUGAUUUGGUUUUGUUAGAUUUUUUUCUUAAAGAAGAGCAAAUAAAAAGAAACAAGUUCAGAUUGGACACAUUAUUUCUUAAUUAUUGAUGUAAUUUUCUUAAUGAGAUACCUUGGAGGCCACAUGGAGAUGUGACUAGAUUAUGUUUUGAUAUUUAGGGAAACAGAAUGACUGGCUGUAGAAAGACAUCUAAAAAACUUCAUCACAUGUAUGUAGACAAGAGGUAUGUUUGUAAUAGGUGCAUUUAUGUAUAUAAAUCCAUUAAUAUUUCCAUUUGUAUGAAUUUGCACAUCUAUAUAUAUUUUGUAUUAUACAUUUGACUUUUUGUAUACUUUUAGUCAUAUACAUAAAUUUAUGUAUUCACAGAUUUAUUAAAGUUUGUCGUUAGAAUAGGUGUUAUUUAUCUUUUUAAGAAAAAAUUAAUGGUGGGACAGAGAAUAUAUAUGUCUAACUAAAUUAAUUAUUUAGGUACUAUAAUUAAUGCAGAAAUACAAGAUUCAUUAGAGAGUGAGUCAUUCCACUUACCUGAGUUGCUUGUUUUAGAAUUGGAUUAGUUUCUUUUCUUUCUCAUAGCUAUAGAUGAACCCUAGGUGAUGUGGCUAACCUUGUAGAUGGUUGAAGGCUAGAUGGGAUGAAUUCCACCCACAUGAAUGAAAGAAAUAAUAAAUUUCAGAACGAGAAUUUUGAAUACUUUCUUAUAAAGAAAGUUACUUCCCUAUACUUUGCAAAUGGAAGAACUGUCACAGAAGAAGUAUUAUACAUGUGUGUGUGUGUAUAAAUAAAUUUCCUGCCUCAUGUAGAAAAAGGCUCACCUGAGAACUCUGAAUACAUCAGCCUUUUCCUCUGGAUAUUAUCAAAUAACCUAUAGUAAUAUUGGUUAAAUAGGCAAAGACUUGCAGGCAACUGCAAAGAGAAACAAAACCAAAAAUAACAACACGUCUGUUCAUUCUCCUACCCUGAUAGUGCAAUUUUACUGACUUUUGCUGAGUUUUGCAGGUGGGUCAGAAAUGGCUUGUGUUCAGCUGUUUGGCAAGCAGGAAUUUGAUUUUAAGCUUGCUAUCUGGCCAAGAGUAUGGCAGAGGAAUUUACUAGGAGUAUUACAGACUGUAGUUUCGAAUGAGCUUUGUUCCCCACAAAAACCUUGGUUCAGUUCUUGAUGAAAUCAAUGAGAAACUUUUCACUGACUGUAGUGAGAUCAGGGUGAAGGUGGCAGCCAUACUGCAGCUACAGCUGGCAGUUGCCUGGGAAGAUGAAAUUUUACUGGACUAUGAAACAAGCAAAAUGUGUGAAAGAUAGAAAUGACAAGGUGUAAGGGAGAUUGCAAUGCAACACAGUGAAAUCAUUACCCAGUAUCUGCAGCUAAGACCAUUGACACCUGGGUGCUGAGCUGGCGCUCAGAGGCCUCGAUGAGAUAAGCCCACACAGUCAUCAAGACAUGUGCUUUACAUAUCUAACUUCACAGAUAACUUUCCAAAUCUAACAAGACAAAAAUAUUCCUUGAUGAAUAUUAUUUUUGUUGUUGUCAGUGGGUGACAAGUUUAGCAGAUUUUUUCUGCCACUAGAACAAAUUGUUGAGGAUAUAUAAAAUACAAAUUCUUGCCCAGCUCACAGUGAGAACAGAGACAGCAUCAUGCAGUCACCACUGUGUUGUUAGUUGCUCACCAGUUAGUGCCAGAUAUAAUAUAGCCAAAUAAAUCUACAAGAACAAAAACAUCAUGAACUUUGUGAAAUGCUGUGAAAUGCUGAAGCCUUAGUUUUAGGUUCACCAAAGGUUUCGGUGGAUCUUGCUGUUGUCAGUCUAGAAGACAAUAAAUAUCCUAAAUAUUUCUCAUUGUUUUAACUUUGGCCGUUUCUUGCCACUACUUGCAGUAAUAGUGCUCAUUCUAAAAAGAAAUAAUAGAUAUUAUAAAACAACUGCUCAUGUGUCUGAAAAAUGCAAUAAAUUUUCAGUUAAUAAUGCAAUUUAUUGGUUUCUGUCUCUGGGUUCAUGGUCAGGAUUAGAACUGGAUUAAAUUUGUUGGUUUGAUUUUGUGUAGUUUUGUAUGAAAAUUAUCAAUAUUUGGUAACAUAUUCAGUCCCAUUGUUCUUCUAGCAUUUGUAGCUUUAAUAACAUUAUUUUAUUGGCUAUAUGUAUAUAUAAAUAUAAACAUGUUGGUAUACACAUACAUGGAUACUGAUAUACAAACACAUAAAUUCUCACUUGUUCUUUGAUGUACAAACAAUUUUCAAGAAUCUAUUUUCACCCACAAACAACCAUGUUAUUACUGGAAAACAGUCCCAAAUGUGAUUUGAAUACUUCCAUUACAAAGAUAAAUUUUGUUCCCACCUGAAUGUAAAUGUUGUUUUCACUAGGUCAGAUCCAAUUCUAUAUGUAUAACAAACAAUCUCCUUGAUAUUUGAGACAUUUAUUAUUACAUUAUGAAAAUUUUACAUAAUAUGGUCUUCUCAUGCAAACCCCUGAAUUCUAUUUUCAGCUCUUUCAUUGAUUUACUAUUUUAUUAUAGAGAAACCUUUUAAUCUCUCUGAACUUCAGUUUACUCAUUUGAAGUAGGUGAGUAAACAAGUGUGAUUUAAUUGAUGUUUAUAAAGCACUUUGAUACCUUGUAAUGAAAAACAAGACAGAAGUGAUAAAUAUUCUUAAAGGUAUGCUCUUUUUCUUUGCUCCAGGGUUCACAAAAAAUCUAUGUUAUUGCUAAAUUUAGGAUCAUCUGUUCUACUCAUACUCUUUUCACAAUCAGAAUUGUUCAAAAUGUUAUAGCAUAAUGUAUUUUCAUACUCAAAACACCAUUUUCACAAAAAAAACCACCGUAAAAUACUGAGGGCAUAAUAUGGUUCUUAAAAAAUUAGUUUUUCAUUAAAUAUUUCCCAUAAUUUCAUGGCGCUUUUCUUAAAUUCCAAAAUCGACAAUUCACUGUGUAUUUACAGACUCCUGUAUACCUAUGGAAUCCCAGUAGUAUAUGGCUCAAAGCAUUCAGCAGAGAAAUCUAUUGACAAUUUAGUAGUGGGGUGGACAAUACAGUAAGAAUGUGCCUAAUAAUAAUAUAAACCAGCAUCUUGUGAUCUGUAUACACCAGAAUAAAUAUAUAUGUUUAAAACCUGAUAUAUGUAACAAUCUCUCUAUGUACAGCAAAGUUUUUGUUUUCUUUAAAAAAAGAAAGUAAUAAGCUGGUUAAAAUAUUCAAAUGUGCUUAUAUCUGUUUAUGAAGAAUAAUCAUUCAAAGUCACAAAGUGUUUGUUAGUCAACUAGAAAUACCAAUUCAAGCUUACCUUUGGAUUUUGUGAUCUUCAGGAAUGCAGGGCAGGCACUGGCAUAUUUUCAGGUUUGACUUUUCCAUUCCAGAGGACCAGAAAGUAUUGGGUCUAUUCCAGGCCUAAUUCAUAUUCUGGAAUGCAGUUUCUCCCGUGAUAACCUAAUUGCAUAGUGGCAGAAUACCACAGCCACUGGAGCUGUGGGACCAACAUCUAAUACUGUCAUUUAAGAAUGGACAGAUCAAUGAGACAGAUCAAAACCUGUUCUUUCGUUCAUAUAUGGUCCAUAAAACCCGCUUCCUUGCAGAAAAAUAUGUAAAGUUUUCUUCUAUAGUACUUAAUCAGAUCCAACGGGGGGUCCUAACAAGGUAAGGGGGAGGACACAUUAAUUUGCUGAUCAGAGCUUUUUCUUAGACUUCAAGCAGUUACUUGCUGCUAAGGAACAGGACACGAAAGAUAGUACCAUCAAAACUGCAUUGUUAUUUCCUUGUAAUUUCUAUUGUGCUGACAGGGGAAGGAAUAUCUCUCUCAGGGAUUGAGGGAGAUGACAACUUGGAGAGGGUUAUUAAUUACCAGUUACUAUUCAUGGGUUUUCUGUUUAAAUGUGCAGGAAUAUGAGAUUUGGAUGUGAAAUCAAGCUCAUAUCUCCCAGGCAGCUGUGCUGCACUAGAAAUACAUAAUUUAGAGUACUUCUACCUUCAAGCUCUUGCACAGCGUUUUAAUGGCUCAUUGACAAAAUGAUGAGGUGGGAAGAGCAAAAAAAAUUAACUCCUCCCAGAUGAGAAUCAGAAAGAGAGAUCAUUCCUCUAUUCAUAAAGUUGUGCAGGGAUACUGUUUUGCAAAAAACAAUGAAGAAGGAGAUUACAAGCUGUAGGUACUAAGUAAAAAAUAAGUCACUAUAGUUACUUUAGUAGGUUUCAGCUAUAUCAUGUAGCACAUGCUGACCUCUAGUUCCAGAGCAGACUGGGGAAAGUCAGCUGCAGUUGCUCACAUGCUUACAAAUCUAAACCUACCACUGGCAAAGAGAAUCUCUCUAUAUGAUUUGUGUGACAAGUGAAAUAAUUUUCAUAUCUUCCCUACUGCAAUUUCAGUAGGUAGGAAACUGUGAUCAUGCUGAAGAUCAUCACAUUUUGCUUAGAAAAGGUCAUGCCGGGGGCAACAUGUGAAGCAUUAUAACUUACAUUUUGGAAAAGGAGCCAGGUACUCAGGGAGAAGUGAUGAAACUUCAAUCCCAUCAAGAUUCUUCCUCAAAAACAAGGAAACUGAUACACUGCUCUGAAGAACUGUGGUUAUAAGUUAAAAGCAGGCCACCACAAAGGGUCCAAAAACCAGUGCUUAUUGUUAUUGAAAGUACUUAAGGUUUUAUCAAGACACAAAACAUCAGUAGAGUUUUCAGAAAAAAAAUUUCUCACAUUUUGAAAAGAUUAUAAAGAUUGGACUCUACUAUGAAGCCUCCCUGUGUAGUACUGGGGAAAACCCCAAACAAUUCCCUAAUAAUUCAACUUCAGUUAUCGCAUUGACCCUUUUCUUAUUGGCCUUAUGUAUGAUUUUUUCUAAUUUGACAAAUAUCUCUAUCUCAAUACUAGUACAUCUUUGUAUUGCUAGUAACAUCUUUAGAAUGCUCAGUUAGACCUGUUCUUCACCUCCUUUGAAUAAUCAUUUUUUCUUGCAAGCAGGUAAGUCAUUGUUAGUGACAUACAUUCAUUUGAGUCUAAAUUUACCCUUUCCCAUGGCCAAAAUAACUCACAAGAAACAUCAGAAUUCAUGUCCAUAUGCAGCUUAUCUUGCAUUCAUUAACUGAAAAAUAUGAUUAUUCUGUGCAAAAUAAGGUGAUGAUAAUUUUUGUUCACAAAACCUGAAAAUCUCAGAAACAAAACACCUAUUGUUUGCCUAUAUUGGUACAUGGCUUUUACUACAUGAAUGUGAGGUUGGAGAGGUGUUUUCUGAUUCCUAACAGAGUGAAAAAAGAUCUCAAGUUUUUGAAGGCUGGUGAUAAUAACUGGUGAUGGUUCGUAUUUUGCCACGAAGGAUAAAUACUGAGACCUACGAACAUCUUUUGUUCUCUCUUCCAAUUAAAACAAGUAGCUGAUUCCUAUAGAAUUAGGACAAAACCUCAUUUUAUUGAACUCACUUUCCUCUCUUCUGCAGGAAAGAAAUGAUUCAUACCAAAUGGUAGAUGAGAUGUGAGUUGGCUGUGAAGUUUUCUGCAAUUGUUUCUCAGGCACUGUACUUCAGUUGCAAUUUCAUCUACAUAGAGACCAUAGUGUCAAAUAGAGGAGAACAAAACUUCUGGUCAGUUUUUAAAGUUAAUGUUGGUGAAUAUAUUGCUGUUCAAAUGUACACUUUUACACUGUUUCUUCUUUUUCUGUGUUUGUAUUACCAGUAUUUGAUAGCCAAACUAAAAAUAUAAUCAACAUGGUCUGCACUAAAAAUGUUCUACAAUUUGAAGAGCUUCCAAAGAGGUAAAAGGAGAACCUGCUUUUGAUCUACUGAGUACUGGUUGGUCAAAGUUCUCCUCCAUGUCCUAUUGCUAUUAAUUAGUGAUUUUUAAUCUAAUUUGACUAGGCACAUUUUUCCUCUUGUUUUUAGAUGUUGUCACAAUAAAGAAAACUCAAAAUACAUCAGAAACAUUGUCAUUAUUGUUUUCACUGUUAGAAAUCUGUGUAGAAACUCCAGUACUGCUAUUGGUGGAUAACUGGAGGAAGGGAAGUAAGUCAAUCCAGAAAUUAUGAGAUGGAGCCAUUCUCAAGGCAAUCUUCCUAUCAAACAGAAGAGAUAAUUUCAAAAUUUCAUUAAUGCUCUGCAAUUUCUUUGCAAUUGUUCAGCUCAAGGAAGACAGGAUUCAUGACUGAUCUUUAAGUAUUUGUCUUUUCUUCUUAAGAAAUUGUGUUGGAGAAAGUCCUUGGGAAGGGAAGGGACAUACUAUAAGUAUUUAAAAUAUCAUAGCAGAAUCAAACACCAUCAAAAUAGAGAGACACAAAUGACUUGUAGAAUGGCCUAAUUUUUGUAAUUACAUGAUUAGACUCUUUCAGAGCCACUGAUCUCUUCAGAUAUAUGUGUAGGUCUAUCGAUCACAAAUCGGCCUCACUGUUAUACUAACAGAUGCACAGUUAUUAAUCUUGGAAAGAAUCCACGUUCCCUUUUUAGAGAGAUCAGAGAAGCUAAUUAAGGACGCACUUGUGUGGAGGAACUGCUCUGCCCUUCCUAUAAAUGGGCAAAAAUUAUGCCAGAAUGCCAGGAUCUGUGAAACAAAUACCAAGAAAAAUAAUUGUGCCAUACAUCAUAAUCUUUUCAUUCUUCUCUGCUGUUUUAAGCCAAUAUCCUUCUCAGAUUACAUGUUCAGUGUAACAAGUGCAUCUCUGCAAAUGCAUGACACCUGCUAACUCUUCUCCUUCCCUUCUCAAACUUCUCAUUUACCAACCUUUGUUGAGUGCUCCAGUGGGUUGACACAGCACAAUUCAUGCCAAAAGCUGCUCUCUACAAGGGCACUAAUAUGAGCUGAGCAGCAAUAUGAGCCAGAGUUAUUAAACCACAUCCUUAGCAGUGUCUGGUCUAUUUGGAAAUAUAAAUAAAUAAUGGGGAAAAUACAGGAAAUCUGUGCUCAGAUGAGAUUAGUGUUCAGAUUGUUGGGGUUCAGUUACUGCCAGGAGCUAUAUAAUGUACAAAACACACUAUUUGUCUAUUGAUUUUGCAAGGUAAUAUCUUAGAUUUUUAGCAGACUUGCCUUGGCGAACAAUAACAAAGUUACAUACUUCAUAAAUUAACCAAAUCAAAGACUGUAAAACUCUUCUUGUCUGCUUUUGAGAUUUUGACCUAUCCUAUCCAAAUAGGUUAUAAUUAUUUUUUUUACCAUACUUAAACCUGUUAAAACUGUUUUCAUACAUGAUUCGUAUAUUUCUUUGGAGAUGACUCCUUCAGACACUUAAAUAACAAGAUGAGCCAUUACCAACCAAUAACUAGAUUUGUGCUGAGUAAACAACAAAAUCCCCUAGAAAAGGAACAUAGGGGUACUUUUUACCACCAUUUUGGUCAUUUAAAUGUUGGCAAUGUUCACUUUUUUUUUUCCUUUUUCUCUCAUAACUAGGACUAACUUUAAGAAUAUGGAGGUAAAUGAUUUCUUGGACUUUUAAAGAUCCAGGGAUGCUCCUCCCAUAAACAUCCUUUUUCUCUGUAGUAUAUUUGAAGGACCUUACUCCUCCUUCCUGACAGGGUAAGGAUUUCGAAUCAUCCAUCAUGUACUAAAAGUUCAAGAAGACAUUACACAAAUUAGUCUUGUUGUACUACACAACUGCUAUAGUAACAUUUUCAGAAUGACAACAGUGUCCUACAUUGCUUUUUCAAUGACUGAGGUUAUGAAAUUUCUGGGAUAUCAAUGACAUUUGUAUGGUAAAGGCUUUAAGAUAUCUGAAUGUGUGAUUAAGGACAUAAGUAGAUAAACUGUAGCACUUAUAAUGUUGGUGUCCUCAACAGGGGAGGUAAAAAGUAUAGUAGAAUGGAAAAGACAUAUCACAAUAUUGGAGAUCAGGAUUGUAAAAUGAGUUCUCAGAAAGAAGAACAGAGGAAUUGCAGGUGUCAUAGGAUAAAAUAAGGCUUGGUUUCUCAAUUUUAUUCAAGAUCUUCAUUCGCCUAAGGUUGAUUGUAUUAAACUUAAGACACAAUAACCUAAAAAAAUGAGAGAAGAAUGGGGGACUAUGGCUACAUUGGAAUACCAGCUUGGGUGCACCUAACCCUGAAGCGUAUGGUAAGUGAUUUUGCCCAUAGAAUCCAUGUUCCUAAUUCAUCUGCUUUACUUAGCUCAAAAGGUUAUAAAUUCUCACAGCAGUUUCUUUUGUUUUACUAGGAAGUAGAAGGAAAAUAAGAAGAAGUAAAGGCAGGGAAGCAUCUAAGGCAAGAUUGAUUUUGGAGUCUGUAAUGGCAGGUUUAUUGAUUCUGACUCAUGAAGUAUGAAGUUAUAGAUUCGUGUGAUGUUACAAAGCCAUCUAAAACAGCUACAUAAUGUCACACACUACCCAAGUAUUGGUCAAUUAAAUUCUUGCUUUAUAUCUUUUGGCUGUUUAAUGUACAUUGUAGACAUGAUUUAACAGCUGGAUCAAACAUUCAGCCUCCUUUAUUUAAGUAGCAAACAAUAUUGUGUACUCUACAAAAAUAGGGGCAUAAAAGCCGUCUGAUUCUCCUAAAAAUAAGAUUUUGACAUCAAAAAUAAAAAGAGAGAUGGCAGUGGUAUUUACAUAUUUUUAAACAUUUCUAGUUAAAUUAUUCUAUAUUGAAUAAAAUUUUUGCUGUACUAUAAAUAAAAAAAUAAAUGUACUAUUAUUUCUUGUGCUUGUUGGUGCUUUGUCUGGAAGGAUAAGUUCAAAUAAAACUCAAAAAGACGUUAUGCAGGAAGAAGAAAAGUUGUCAUAGGUGGUAUUUAGUCUUCCAGAGAGAUUUCAGUUAAGCAUCAUGGUGACAGAUUUCCAAGAAAAAAAUCUUUUAGCUUGGCUUAUCUAUAGACUUUAGAGUGAAUGGAGAGAACAAGAGUGAUAUUUGAGUCUCAAAGUAAACUGUUUGCUGUUCGUGUAAUUUAGACUUUGAGUGUUUUUCUUUUCUCUGGCAGUAGAGCUGGCCAGAUAUGCAAAUAUUAGCCAAGAUGAUCCAAAAUUCUCAUUCUCUAUUUGACUUGGGGUACAAAAGUGUCUGUAAUGCUUAUAUCUGACACCUCUAGAAGGUGAUAUGAAUACAGUAAUUUACUAUUUUUUUAAGUGUGAUGGCUGUAGGGAAAAAUGUUUUAGAAAACAAAUGAGACAAUAGAGAGUCUUCAAAAGAUAUUUUUUUCUACUACUUUUGUCUGAAGCAAAGUAGACUCUAUGGUUCCACAAACAUGAAUGGGAUGAAUCUCUACAAGGCCCUUUAGAAAUCUGUAUUCAUGACUGAGCACCACUGCACAAGUCUCUGCCCUGUUCAGCUUGUUAACAUGGAUCUAACCAAUGUGGCUAGAGUAGCAACAGUCAGUAUAUAAGCACUUUUUACAACUGGACAAAAAUUAUUUUUUCUUAUACUAGUAAAUAUUUCUCUCUACUUAUGUUUCUAAAAAUGUUUACUGCAGCAUUAUUUUCCUAUUCCUGUGCAUGCACAUGUACACACACAAGCACACAAACACAUAGGCACUCCUCUGAAUACAAAAAUCUUGAGGUAACAGUUUUAAUACAGAGAAAAUAUGAAACUGAGAGAAAACAUGAAACUGAGAGAAAGCUAUAACUUUUAUCCCUAUUUCUUGAUUGAACUUGGAGGCCUGAAGAUGUUACAAUUACUUAAUUGAUGUUCCACAGCAAACCUGAACAAUUACAUCUAACUCUUCUGUGCCCCUGUCUGGUAGAUUUGAGAUUUUCAGUCAUCUUCACAUUACAGGAACAAUCAUGGAAACUCUCCUGAUGUAUCAGACUGACUGUCUUCAUGAGGACCUUGUUAAAACAUAACAAGGCCUUGUAUAUCCAGGUUUCUUUCUUGCAGCAGCUGGAAUACAAAAAGUGAGUGUGUGACAUGGCCAGAACCUGCACCAUGAGUUCAGAUGUGCUUGUGGGUCCCCCAGUCCAGACGUGAUCCAGAAACCAUGCUUUCUGCAUCUGUGGUGUUCAUAGCCUAGCAGAAUAAAAAUUAUAUUUGAGGGAAAUGAAACUUCAGAGGUAGCAAUCAGCAUAAUUACAUUAAAACUCCUACUUGACAUACAGGUCAUAAAUAGGUUUGUUUACAAAUGCAUUCCUGAAGCAUUUAAUUUGGCUGUGUAAACUCCAUGGCACUGAAUGUGAAAAUCUUCAGGCAAAUUGUUCUCUAUUCCAACAGACUUAUGUGAAGAUUCAUAUCCAUAUGUAUUGAUUUUCUUGUCUAGUGAAGUCCCUUCUCAGCAAAAUGUUACCACUAUAGUGAAGUGAAGAAAUGCUAAGAUUUUGCAGAGCAAUUAUGUGGAUUUGUUGACUAAUUUGGAACAACAGAUUUUUUAAUUGUCUUAAUUUGAAUAUGACAGGGUAAGUGGAACACACAAGAAUUCCCAAAAUCUUUAAAGAUAUAUUUUUUGAAUGAGGUCUGGACAGAUACCUAUUUAAUCUUCUUCAAUUUGUCUCAAGGAAACAUGGAUUCAGAUUUAUUAAUUCCUAUCUCUGCAUCUUACAUAUGUUUCAUUAGGCAUCACUGCUCCAGAGAAAGAAGGAACACUGUAAGUUCCUUUUAAAUGGAUUGAAAAACAGUAAGUAGUUUCUGAGUAAAUUUUUUACGUUCAAUUCUUCGGUUAAUGGAUUUGAAAUCACUCCUGCACUUCACUGCCAUCUGAUGAACAAACUUACAAGAUUCUCAUUGCAAUUUAAUAAAGAAGUUAUUAUCAUGUAAUUUUUAUGCAGGAGCAAAGCAAGAACAAUAUUUACAUGAUGUUUCACGAAAUAAAAUUUGCUCACACCAACUGCUGAACUUGUGUCUAGCUGUUACCUACCACAACAUAGACUAAUAUAGAGAAAGAGAUCACCUACAGGAAAAACAAAAAUUAAUGGGUCAUUGGAUGAAAAAUUUUUUAUUAAAAGUGAUUUUUGAUAUUUGAGAUAUCCUACUGGAGGUGGGUUAGGUAAGUGAGGACAAAUACAUGUAUCCAAUGAAGAAUGUGUUCAUUUUCCAGAAAAAAAAAUACAAUUUUUUGCUUCCUCUGUAACCCACCUAUCUAGUGUGGACCUCCCUAGUUUUUUUCAUUAAAUUAUGGUAAUUAAAGUCACAGUAACUAUGAAAACAAGUUUGGAAAUGAAAUUAAAAUUCUAGGAACAUGAACAGAACUUAAACUAAUUUGCUAUUUUCCUCAAAAAUUUCUAUGAAAAUAAUCCUUCAAUUUCAGUAGAAUCUGAAGACGACAAGAAAACCCAGAGAAGCUGAAGAAAAGUUUGGGUCAAAUUCUCUUUUUCCAACUGAUUUUUAUAUACCUUUUUUGGGCCUGGUCCUCAAUUAGUGAUAUGAGUGCAUGUGAAGCUGAGAAAAUUGUCACAUCUUAUUCAUUUCCUGUUGCUGCACUUCCAAAGCAUAUAGAUUGCAUUGUUAUCUGUAUUGCUCUUCUCCUGCUGAACCUGAUAGGUCCUGUGUGAGGCCAUGUUGCUCUAUGUGAAAUGGAAAAACAAACACAGCAGUCAUUCACUUCUUUUUUUCCCUGGCCAAUAAAACUGAGCCAACUCACAGUGGGAGCAUAGGUAUGCAGUGUUGAGCCUCACCAGUAAUAAAUAUUAAUUUCUUGGAUGUGAAAGGAAACUGAGAAGGAACUGGAUCUGUGAACUACAAUACCUCCAGUGGUUAUGGUAGGAGUGGGCACAUUCUUCACUCAGAGUUGUACCUAAAUUUGAACUCUGGCACUUUUGUAGUCUUGCAUGAAUCUCAAAUAACAGUUUAAUGUUAUAUACCAUGAACCACAGUUAUAAUCUUACACUGAAGGCGAAAAGGAAAAAAAAUAUAUUGAAAGAAAGUUAUCUUUCUGGUUUGGGGAUUUUUUUAAACACCUGAAUAAGUCAAAUAAAUGUUGUAGAUCAGGCCCACAGUUUGCGUAAAACAGCUCCUCUCCAUUGAUUUCAGUUCAACUGAGAAUCUGGCCUAGUAAUUUUUAAGUCAAACAACAUAAUCUGAUUUGCAUGAAAUGUUACACGCAAGAAUGAACUGGGAAACACGAUGUGGGAUCCUUUUAUUCAGCUUUUUAAUUACUUCUACAUAAUUCUACAAGGCAGAGAUUAUUACAUUCAGAGGACAAUAUUUGAUCCCCUUUGGUUAAUUUAAAUCUCAUUUGAAAGUUCCUGUGGGAGAGUUUUGGAUCAGAAUGUCUGACACCACAACUGUAUUUACACCAAUGACAGUAAGAGCAUUCAAGAUACAUAAGACAAAAUAAACAAAUAUAGUUUAAAAAUCAAAAUACUAUUCAACAGCAAGUUACACACAUACAUUUGCUAAUUUUCCUCUUACAACUCUUAUGAGGUAAAGAAAGACUUAUCUCUAAGUUACAUAUGGGAAAACUCAGUGGCAAAAUGAAUUGCUCACUGCUACAGCAAGGUCAUUUUCAGAUGUAAGUUUGAAACUUGGGGGUUUUUAGCUAUUAGACAUUAUGUCCCUCUUCCAAUUAACUAGAGGUAGGGUUUCUUCACUUAGCAAAAGAGAAGGAAAAAAAAAAUUCAUCUGUUCUUUCACUUUCCCAGCAUUUCUAAAUUAUUCCCUCUAUACAUCAUUCAUUAAUUGUAUUUCUGUUUCUGGUAGAUUUGUCUUCUUCACCUGUAUGUCUUCUCCCUCUUCUACUGCACACAAAAGAUGAUUUCUUAUGAUAUAUUUUCAAAAAUAAAUGAAAUUAUUUUCUUCUUAUUUACAAAUAUACAGCAACAAAUAUAAGAAGACUUUAUAUCUGUGUGAAGACAAAUAAAAUGAUUAGAAUUAUAUUUUAAAAUGUUUAAGUGUUCUUUAGAUAAUGUCUUUUAUUGUCCAUAUAUUUUUUUAAUUGUUCUAUUUUAAAAGACUUUAUAUACUGGAGUAGGAGCAUGGGCACCUUGGAAUAAUUUUUGUUCUGAGGUAUGUGCAGACAUAUUCCCAACUACUUGACUUUUGUCAGACCUCCAAACUCUUCCUUCUCACACUUCACAUCUACUCUAGCCUAUUUAUCUUUUGAUGUAGUUCCUUUGCUUUACAAAUAUGUGACAUGAGUGAACACUAUAGAACUUACACAUUUUUCAGCUGCAUCGUCCCAAGUAGUUUAAGAUAUAUAGUCUUACAAUUAGCCAAAGAUUGCCAUCAUGCUCAGGCAUGUCUGUAGAAUAAUAAGCCAGACUUCUAUAAAAUAUUUUCUGGAUGGUAGAAGCACAUAGGUACCUUGACAGCAGCCCUGAUAGACAAGCUAAAGCUCAGAAGAGCUGAUAAAAUAACAGUGGACCACAGAAGGAAAAUAGAACCUUUGGAAAUACUUUUAAUACUUGUAAGAAUACCGUAAAAAUGAAAGCAAAUUACAGCAUUUUUGAGAGCAACUUGACUCUUACUAAAGGUUGCCACAGCUGAUAAUUUUCCACAAAGACUUAAAAUAAAACAAAUAAUACAUUGAGCAGAUAAGCUAGCAUGGCUGGUGCCCAGGAACCCAUUGUGAGAUCCUUUGACUUCAUGUUCUGGUGUUCGACCAAGAAAAGAUUCACACAGGGCAGCCAAGAACUACAUUACCCAGCAAAUUUGGAGAUUACACAGAAACCUUAGGUGGUCAGCUAAACAGAAAAUGCUAUGUAGGACAGCUCUGCCAGCAUCCAGCAGGAAGAAGCUGCAUAUGGGAGCUCUAUUAAUAACACUUUUUCUUUUAUCACAAUUCAGCAAUGAGGACAAGACAAAUAAUGUGUAUCUGUGUGAGUAUCUGUGUGCUGGGUAUGCAAACGGGUAUGCAAACAUUUAGUUAAGAAAAAGUUCUUUUGGUGGGAUUCAAUUUGAGAUCAAGGCACUUAAAUCUAGGCGUCUAUCUUAAGGUCUCUCUAUUGCUAGUAGAACCCUCAAUGAACAUCUUGUCAGUAAGCUUGGUGGAGAUGAAUGAUUCUGCUACAUUUAAGUUACAUUUCUAUGUAUUGUUUAAACAUAGGUGUCUGGAGGCACUUUAGGAGCACUGGAAUACCUAGUAUCCAUCCGGGUAAAUGAUAAUUUAGUUAUCAUGUCACAUCUGUCAGCCCAUGCAAAUGCAUUGGACACAUAGUACACUGUUAGUCUCUUAUAACUGAGAAUUUACCUGAGCUUACAGUUCUAACACAGGAUCCUUGGAAGACACGUGCAUUCCUGCAGCAGUGGAUGGAAGCCAGGUAGAAGAAAAAUAUGUCUUCUCAAAUGGUUCUGGAUGCUUCAGGAAAGUACCCUGGACUCUUUCAGUUGCUUCUUGUCACAUUUUCCCAUUUUGCAGCUGUUGCCAUGCAGAGUGACAUUCCCACCAAAGGUGACAGGAGUACAGGGCUGGGGGAGGCAAUGCAAUAAGGAACAGGUCUGUGAUUUUGUCUUUCUUUGUCUCCAUCACAAUACCUUCCCUGGUUAUGCAUUUCCUUUUAAAGGUAUGUUGUUCUUCCCAGUCCAUUACAAAUAUGUCAGAAAAUUAUUCUUCUCUAGGUCUACUUUCUAGUCUCUCUGUUAGAAUAGAUAGCUGACUUGUUAAUAAAUCCAUCAGCCUACCAAUCUUCCUGACACCUCUGUGGAGAUAUAAUUAAGAAGUCUACAGUCCAUGUACAAGAGCAUUACUUUUUCUAGAUACAAAUAACACCUUCAAAUUACUGAAAGUAAAUAUUUUAAUUUUUUGGCUAUUUUUAUGUUUUACCUCAUUAUUCCCAUUUUUAAAAGUGAAAGACGGGGGACAACAAAGUAUAUAAAACUGCUUUCUAUUUUAGUGGGAAGGUCAACAUAUUGAAAAAUAACUUAGAUUUCCUGAAAGACAUUAAAAGAUAGAAAAGGCCAAAUUUGAAGACCAUGUGCUUCUUUUAGUCUUUUUUCCCCAUAAUACAAGUCCAGCUAACUGAAAAUAUAUUGGAAAAAAAAAAGAUUCUACCUCCAAUCAAAAAGCACAUGUAACAUGGUAAGAAAAUGUGGUAUAUAAAUACAUUUUUUUCCUUUAGGAUCACAUAAGAUAACUCAAGUCUUAAUAAUGGAAUCUGUCUCACUCCUUCUCUUAUUGAAAUAUGAAAAAAAGAUAAUUAAAGUGAAAACUAGGCAAUAAAUGCUUAGAGAAGUAUGAAAAAUACAGUAAAACUACCUACUUUUACUUUAAUGGAGCACAAUUUUAUCUUUUCAUUCAGCAAAGGAUAUGAAAAACAUAUAAGUGAAAGGAAAGCAUAUUAAGACUGAAAACAAUUUUUAUAUCUAAAAUUUGCAGCUGGAGAAUUAGAAUUUGGCUUAGUAUUAGCAAAUUGUUUAUUGGUCUUAACACUAGUGAUAGUCCCAGAGCAUCAACUGUAAUCAGAGAUCUGUUUGCAAAGCUAACUCAUUCAAUUUAUUAAUUUCUUCCCCUUCUCAUAAAAAAUAAAAGCUUUCUCUAUAGCUGUUCCUAAGUCUUACUCUUAUAAAAAUGUGAUUGCAGUGAAAAAAAAAGAAAAAAAAAUAAAUAAAAAGAAAGAGCAUAGAGUUUUAGACUGGUUAAAUUUCAUUUUAAAAAUUUAGCUGAUCUGAAGGGACUUAAGAAUAUUAUUCCAUUAUAAGUUGACCAGAGAGUUAUUUGGAAAAAAAGAAAACAUAUCAAAAGUAAUUUCAUAACACAAAACCAAUCAGGUAGUAUUGUGAGAGUAAGCAUUUCUAUUAUCAUUCUCUGCCCUUAUCACACGUUUUACUGCUUGUAUGGUCAAGGAUUCCUAAGCUCAACACAUAAAAUGAAGUGCAAGAGCUAGUAUGUUAUCAGAAGAUAUUAUCUGAAAAUAUCUGUCCAACAGUCAGGAGGGGAAAAGAAAGUUAGCAGCAGGGAACUGGAUUAAGGCCAGUGGUACAAAUAAUGAAAAAAGGGUAUCCCAUAUACAGGCGUCAAGCAGCUUUUAACUUGUCAAGUGGGCUGUGAAGGCAUCCUUACAAAUAUGUGUGACACACUUAUCAUCUAAGGUCCAAAGUGCAUGGAUGUAUCAUGGCUUGCGGUGAAAUAAGAAACCACAGUUCUUUUCCUCACAGGCUUACACACAUUUGACUGUUUCCAGGCUGGAAAGCAGAAGCUGUACAUCUACAGCUUCCCUAACCCCCAGUCUGUAGUAAAACGCUAACAAAGCCAAGAGCAGAAUGAUGGCAUGUGGGCUGAUGAGGGAGGUAUGGCUAGGAAGAUAUGGACUGGUGCCUACACACUCUCUGCUGACUGAUUUGCUUGAAAUUGACUUCAACACCAUCUCAUUUGGUUGGCAGCAAAGACCAAGUUUUGUCUGCGCUGAGAGUACUAGUGUGCUUUCAGAUCAUGUAUUUGAUAAAUCUCUGUCUCCAUAUUUGCACAAAGAUCUUCAAGCAAGCACGUAGCACUACUGAAGUUCACCAAAAUCUAUUCUAGGUCAGCAGAUAAAGUGAGGCAGGCAGAGUGAUACCUGACUCAACUUCCAUAUAUACAUAUACACAUAUAUACAUACACACGUAACAUGUACGUAUAUGUUUAACUUUUAAAGGUAAGGGUACAGCUUUCUGUUAUUUUUCAGAUCCAUUUCUGCAUUCUAUGGCCAAGACGAGUCUGUCAGAUGAAAGGAGGAAUAAUUCACAGCCUUUUAGCUGGUCUUACAGGGGAUUUCUUUCUUCCAUUUGAAUGUCUAGUGAUUGGUGAACAAGCCUCUGCAGCUCAGCAGAGAAUCCUCAAGUGGCUUCUGGUGUUAUUUUGAUGGUAUUAAGACAAUGGUGCAUUAUAGCAUGAUAUGCUGGGUUUUUUCUCUGAACUUUUCCUUUCCUUCUGAAGGAAUGCUCAUGCUUUCUAAAUCAGAAUAAGUCUUUUAACGUAGAAUAGAAUGUGUCAAAAGGAAUCUUUCAUUUUUUCAGCUUUGAAACUAAAUACAUUGAAUGGAGUUGUAGUAUUUUUCAGUGACUGAAGAUUUGGGAUUAUGCAUUUUUCUUUCAGAAAGCAAAAUGCUCUUCAUCAAAGACAUUUUUACAGUAGUAUAUUAAACACAAAAUUAGACUGUUUGAAGUAAAUCAAUUAUCUGCAGAUUUGGCUACAUAAUAACGUUCAAUAACAAAACUGGAAAUGGUUAGCAAUAUCAUCUUGUAAAUAAAUAUAUAAGACAACAUGUUGUUUAUCUAAGAGAGAAAUAUUAUAUGACUUGAAAUAAAAAAGGUAAAUGUGUUUAAUUAAUUAAAAGAGAGGGUUUAAACUUCAAACCAGAGAAUCACUUUAAACAACAUUCCUAAUAAUACAGUGAUAUAAAUGUCAAGGAAAGAUAUAUAUUUUUUCCUUUCAACUGUGAGCAACAUUUUCACAAGAUAAGAUGUGAAAAAGACUAUAAAGUGGGAAUAGUGUGUCUAGGUUCAAAUUUAUGAUCCUGAAAAUCCACAUUCAGCUGAUACCUGAUUGUUGGAUUGCCAAAGCAUAUAGACAUGUUAACACUUGAAAUUAACAUUCCUCAAGUGCCUCUGCAUUCCCAGUAUAGGCUCUAUUUUUAUGUGUCAGAGCAGCUUUACAUCUCUCAAUCAAAAUCUAGAAAGCAAUUUUUUCUCUUCUUGAGUCCACUGUACACCUGUAUUAGGCAACUGCACUACAGAGAAUGCAGAAGUGGCUGCCAUAUUCUUUUAAAAUACAGCCACAGGAGGAGAAAUCCAAGGAGGAAACCCUUUCACAAUAACUCACUCUGCGCUGUAGCCAAGGCAUAAAUCCAAACGUGACUAUGGAAGCAUUAGAGAGACUACUUUAGUGGGAUAAGGAUGGAAAGUAAGGACUUAAAAUUUAACAUCUAUUUAAGGAAUCAUUACUUUCUUACAUUUCAGACUCAUUCUUUAAAAAUGUUCUUUGGAAACGAAUUGGAGUCCAGGUGUCCCUAACCUGGAGCAAGUGCCUUAAGGAUUAGAGAGAGUUCAGCCACACUCUUCGUCUUGCUCUCUGAAACGCCAAUCCACCCCAGAGGAGCUCAGGCUGGCCCUGCCUAGCCUGUUAUUUGCUGCUUAAAUUCCCCCCUGGUUGCAGGACCUGUAACUCUAACACCCUUGCAUUGCUGAAGCUCCAGUAUCCUCAUCCAUAUCCUUCAGUGUAAACAUCUGAAUUAUCAGAAUUACUGAUGUAAGAUUCUUCAUCUGGCUGUAGAUUUUAAUUAAAAAUCUAGACUAUCUGAGUGUAUUGUCUUGCUAAGAUCAUAUUUUAUAUAUUGGGAAUUCCAAAUGAGGAGUUGUUUCCCAGCCCAUCUGUGAAUCAUAAAGGGAUUUACCUGGGAACCAGGUGUUACUUUCAAACAUAUGUUAGAGCUUAGAUUUAAGUACAUUACAAACUUUAUUUUCCAUACCAAAGGUGUCCAGAUUUUCAUGCCACCAUCACAUGUGAAAAAGAUCAGUCUCAGGCAUGCUUUAAAUUCUAUCUGAGUAUCAGGUUAGAGAGAAUUAGGCAGUCAGAGUGUCAACCUGCAUGAUAAAGGACAUUUUUUAAAGCUUUAAAUUUCAUCACACAAGAAAAAUAGUUUUCCUUUUGAAUCACUUUCAGGCUUCUUUUUUUUAAAUUUUGUAUCUGGCAACAGCAAAAAUAAUAAAUAAAUAAAUGCUUCCUUACUGAUCAAUUCCUAAAUCAAUUGAACAUUUCUCUAAUCAUCUGCACAUUUAAUGAAAUAGGUGAAAAUGGUAAUGAGACUUUAGAUGGUACUAAAAAAUCAGCAAUCCUCCUUGCCUGUGAACUUAAAAACCUGACCAAAUGUGUACAAAUUUUUCCCUGAGAAAAAAGGAAAAGAUAGUGAAGAAGAAUUUAUGUUAAUUUGUGAAUAACUACAGAUAUCCCACUUGUGAGUGGGUGCUGCUUAAGUUUAGAAAGAGCAUCAGCUUAGCCCUAAUUCAUCCCCAUGAUUGGGAGGCUAUUUUCAGGUAUACUGCUUUGUUUAUUGUGUUUAACACUGACUUCAUGGAGGGUAUAAUACAUUUCUUCCGCUAAAAAAGAUUAACCUUCUUCAUUAGAGGUGACACAAUUCAUACAUAUUGGCAACACUAUAACUGUAGUAUUAUGAUAUUUAUGUGACAGCAUUGCAUACAAAGGAGGCAUAAUACAACCUAUAUAAAUGGCCAGAUGAUGUUUCUUUUCUAUAGUAAGCUGCGACUCACUCUCAUGACAGAGGAAAUGAAUAUACAAAUGAAGGGUUUGCCUCUGAUUCACAACAACUAUGCAAUAAAUACUUCCCUGGGAAUGUUAAGUGUCAACAGACAUGUAUUUUCUAUAAAAUUACUGUUUCAUUUUUAUGGAAGACAGAUCCUCCUCUAAGUUCUUCUAAAAAUUGUCAGCAUGUGUCUGCUUGCUUGCUUUUUUGAUGCUUUUUUUUUUCUUUCUUGCAUACAACGACAUUUGUGAAAGAUGCAAGUGAUGAGAUAUUAAUAAAAGAUUAUGAGACUUCAC